AAACCUUUCUCUUUCCAAGCGAAGUGCACUAGUUAGUGAUGUGGACCAAUAGAUUUGAUGAUGUAGUGCUCUGUAUGGCCAGCAGGGCGCGGUUUGAGAUUCAGCCCGAGUGAAACAUGGCGCGCUGCAAUGUCGUAAUCGUCGAGUUGGAACUUCCUGUGUAGAGCCAAUCACAGCGUGCUUCGGCCUGGGUUGUAUAUUUUCCAAUUUUAACAUCCAGGGCGGAGCGUUUCCGGUGUAAGAGCAACGUGGGCUAAUACUUCAUCAAUGCCUGGUACAGCGAGACAGUUUGUGAAUCUUUCGCGCGAGGUCUAUAGGUUUUUACAAUAUAUUCUGUACAUUUAGAUAGAAAACGACACUUCGUUGACUCGGUCUAAGUAAAAGUCAUUCGCCUUAGUUGAAUAGCGGUUUAAUAGCAACUUUUAAACACUCGUAAACUUUCUUUUUUUCCGCGAUGAGUGGAGUAAGUUGUGCUGACCAGACUCCGUCUUUUGAGAAGACAUGGGGCAGCUCGGCGAGCAGCGGCUACUGCAGUGAGGAAGACUCGGACACGGAGCUCGAGCAGUAUUUCACCGCGCGCACUUCCUUCUUUCGCAAACCCCAGAAAGAGAAGGAUGAGGUGACUGAGAGCAAAAAACAGGAGCUGUCACAUUCAGAGAUUCAGCAGAAGAUAAAGGAGUAUAAUGCUCAGAUAAACAGCAACCUCUUCAUGUCUUUGAACAAAGAUGGCACCUACAACGGUUUCAUCAAAGUUCAUCUGAAGCUGGUUCGACCUGUGUCUGUUCCACCGCCGCGAAAGGGUGCUGCAUCCCAGGAGUCAGCCAAAGGAAAGAGAGGGGGAGCAGUAAAAAGACGCACGUCCUUCUACCUCCCAAAGGACACGGCCAAACAUCUGCACAUCAGCUCUCGUACUCGUGCACAGGAAGUGAUUCAGGCCCUGCUCAAGAAAUUCACAGUUAUCGACAAUCCUGCAAAGUUUGCACUUUUUGAGCGCACUGAGCGCCAUGACCAAGUGUACCUAAGGAAGCUGCCCGAUGAUGAGUGUCCACUGUUCCUGCGUUUGUGUGCUGGUCCAAAUGAGAAGGUGCUGAGUCUGGUACUAAAGGAGAAUGAGACUGGAGAGGUCAAUUGGGAUGCGUUUUCCCUGCCGGAGCUGCAGAAUUUCCUACGCAUUCUGAAGCGAGAGGAAGAGGAGCAUGUAAAGCAGAUCAUGCAGCGCUAUACGCUCGCUCGUGAUCGCAUCCAGCAAGCUCUGGUCAGCACCAACCCUGGCUGAUCACUUCACCAAGCAUGUCUUACUGACGAGUGGCCACUAGGGGGCCUCAGUCUUCACCAUGUCCAACGAGCCAUAUGGACUAGCAUCAGUGCGAUUAGUGUGAGAGAGAGAGCGAGAGAGUGCGAACGAGUGUGGAAAUGCAAGUGCGCCACCAGAUGUGCGUACGUGGAGAGAAUGAGUCGUGACUGAGAGCGAGCGAAAGCAUACUGGGGAAUGGACGAGUGAAAAUAGAACACCUUGUUGUGAAUGGUGUGUGAUUUGUUCGAGUGAGUGUAGAGAGUCCUCAAGAUAGAACAGUGUGUUUCUAUGGAGACUACACAGGACUCUCCUGACUUCACUGCUGGUGAAGUUUUAAAUCUACUUUUUCCUUUCUUCCCUCUGUUUGCUAUGAGACUCUGUCUUCUUUUUUCCUUAUCCAGGUCAGUGAAAAAUCUAGUUGUAGUAAGUUCAUGUGACUGGGCUUGCUGUGCAGUGUUGAAAAUACCUUCUAGCUCAUCCAUUGGUUUUCUUUAGUACGACUGAGUGUUGGAAAUGCCAGGGAAUUCCCGAUUAUUCAUUUGAACUGAUAAAGCCCUUUGGAAGAGUGAUGAAAUAUCUUCAGCAUUAAAGCAACAAGACCAGUUGUCUUAGCUUACUACCUUACUGCUUGGAUUGCUUACAUUAAUAUCCAGACUUUUCUUGGCACACUGUGCUCAGACAAGCUGACCAGAACCAAAAGGUUCUUGAUCAUGAUUUUAUUUGUUUAAAUUUCUUUCUUGUUGCAUAUCUGAUGUUAAACCUGUCCUGUCAUUUUUUUAAUGUCAUUUUACAUGUAUGUUUUGUCAGUCACCUGUUGUGAGUAUUCAAUCUUGAUCUUUUCUCAUGUGCAGUCACUUCAGUUUCUGGAAAUAUUUUAUUCACCAACUCACAAUAAACAGUUUCCACGA